CUCUUCCCCCCUCUUGAUUUACCUCCAAGGAUGAAAUGGACAACUGAGGUGUUAAUUUGUGUACGAUUUGACGCCGGAUAGGUAUAUAUGGUAGGGAUCGGGAGCAGUUUGUAUAGGGAUUGCAAAGGGGGUUCUUUAUACUCUAUCUGAAACCAACUGAGUUUCCGAUUCAAGGUGAAAAUUUAUGUUACAACGUAUUAGGGCUAAGUGUCCUCGCGGAUUACAUAUGAAUUUUAGCGACAGUACUUUGGUCCCGAGUUCUGGUUUUUUUAACAUUACAGUAUCCAUUUACCAUCCAACAAUAACGCCUCUCAGAUCUGUUUAUGACUUCUAUUUGUGGGUUAUAUGCCUGCAUUUCUGAUUCCUGAACUAUUUUCUAAUUUUACAUACACAUUUUAUGUUUACAAACGGGUUAAGGAAAAAAAAAGUCUGGUAGCUCACAAAGGUCAGCACUUUUUGUAGAACUAAAAUUUCCCAGUGCACUUAAUUAACAUCUAGACUAUCGUGCAGUCCCUAACUAGCAAUCUGUAAAUAGCUGUUAGCCUUUCCAAUUUUCUAGAAACAAUCGCGUAAUACCUGUAUGGGAAGAAAUUAAGUUUGCCCUUAGGCAUCUGCUCCCUGGAUAUUUUGCCUGACCAGAUCUCAGUACCGGCGCCACCUUCCCUCGCAUGAUCGACACCCAACUAGACCUCCGCUGCCCUCCUUCACAUGAUCAUAGAAGCAAAUAACGUACUCCCUCCGGUUCAAAAUAAUGGCCCAAAAAAUGGAUGUAUCUACACAGUAAAACAUGUCUAGAUACAUCCAUAUUUGGGCAAUUAUUUUGAACUGGAGGGAGUAGUAUAAAUAGUAUUAUAUGGAUACAACCAACAUUGUACCAGUUCCACCUAAUUUGGUUCCACGUAUAGCUUUAUGACACAACUGUACGUCUGGAUCGGCAAUCAAACGAUUUCUCUACUCCUGGUAAUGAGAACAUUCCAGUCUUUCUUUCUAUUUUGCAUGCUUUGCAAUCCCAAUGGUCCACAGAUCAACCGAACAGACAUGAGCAUCACACCAUCACCCUCUCUUUUAUAAGCUGUGCGACUUUUGAGGCUGAGAUAGCUCAGGCAACUCCUGCUACAAGCUAUAGAUGUUAUCCUGUCUGCCUGUAAAGUUCGAGACAAAUUACCACCUUUCACUUUGAAAGCUUCUACAUUUAAAUUAAUUUCAUGCUUUUCAACUAGUAAUUUUAGCCUGCAGGUUGAAUGGUCUAGGGAUGUAUCCUUUUGUUGUGGUAUUUGAGAUUUGUAGUUUUCCAGAAUGCAUUCAUAGCCAAGCUUUCUGUUUAGUAUCAUCUAGUUCUCCAUAUACACUAAUCUGGAAGCUCCUACAUGCAAAUAAAGUAAAUUUUAUUCUUGAGUUGAAUACUAGUUGUUUUAGUCUGCAGGUUGAGUGCUCUAGGAUCCAUCCUUUUGUUAUGGAAUAGAGAUUUGUAGUGUUCUGGAAUACUUUCAUAGCCAAGCUUGCUGUUUAGUUUCAUCUUGUUCUCUGAACACUAAUUUUGAACAUAGCACCACUUCUUUUUUAUGUUAUAUCUUGGGAGGUUUAGUUGAACUGGUAUAUUGUUACUUUGAUACACUUUUCACACAAUUUGACCUGUUAGCUUGACAAUAUUUUUUCCUUGGGGUCUGACACAUCCACUACUACUAUUAGUUCUGAUAGCUACAGUACCGAUGGUGUCUGAAUACGUUUACUGACUGUUUGAGGAAAGGUCUGUAUAGAAAUAAGCUGCAAAGGCAAAAAUCAGCUGUUAAGAAAUUUAUAUACCUGGGGUAUGUGUCAGUUUCUCUUUUGAUGGAAAACUGAUUUAAUGGUUUAUUCAGAAUUGCAGACUUCCAUUUGUCCCAUGCAACAUCCACUCAUUUGAUCACAUCAAUUCUCAGGAGAACAAUUUCCUCUUGUUACAAAUGAGUCCACGUCCGCCUGGUGGUUCAUUAAAACGUAAGAGUAGUCCCAAUGAGUCAACAGCAAUACCCAAUCCUGCGAAUUUUUACCACCCGCAAUUUCGUCAGCAUAUGCAAUUUUCACAACCGCCAUAUGCCAUGAAUAUCCCUUUCCAGCAAUUCCCACAGCAACACCUAUACCAACCUAAUGUCCAAUACGUUGUUGUCCAACCACAAUAUGCUCCAUACUCUUUACCACCACAGCCGCCACCUCCACCACCUGCUCUAGUUUUGCCAUCGACGUCAGCGUCUGGUUCGGGCACCCCACAUAUGGAAACUCGCCGAGAGCAAGAGAUUGAUAUAGUCAAUGAUGAGAAUGGUCAGCCUGAGCGUACUACUAAUCGAUUACAUUGGACGGAAAAGGAGGACAUAAGAUUGAUAAGCGCUUGGUUGAAUUGCCCGAAGAUCAAUAAGUAUGACACAUACUGGGCGAAUGUUACAGAAACCUACAACAGCACCACCCCUAGAGAUAGGAGAAGGGAAACAAAGUAUUUGAAAUAUCAUUGGUACAAGAUGAUCCCGAAGAUUGCCCGCUUCGACGACUGCUGGUGCCAGGUCAAGGCAAAAUAUCCUAGUGACCUGUCCGACAAUAUGCAACUGCUGGACAAAACAUGGGCAAUGUUCAACGUGGAAGCACGGGCGAUAUAUCUUGAGGAAGUGAAACGUCGUUUUGCCUAUGGCCACUGCUGGAUAGCUCUCUGGGACCAACCCAAGUGGAAAUCCUACAUCCUGUCUUUGUCCUCCAAAAAAGCCAAGAUGUCUGAGUCCGGGGACUACACGUCGUCCUCUGAAGAUACUGAAGAUGACCUUGAAGAUGAGAUGAGUGAAGAAGGUUGCGUCACUGCAAAGGAGAAACAUGGAGAAGGCUGCGUCACUGCAAAGGAGAAACAUGGAGAAGGUUGUGUCACAGCAACAGAGAAACAUGAAGGUAAAGGUAGGAUGCAGUCUUCAUCAGAGGUGGAAAAAGAUAACCAUUGCUCAGUAGAUCUUCAGAAGAUGCUAAACAUGAAUACAGAGGAGCUGACAGGGGUAGAAGUUCUGCACACAGACCAAAACCUUGAACCUUUCAGAAUAGAGCAGCCAGAAAGAAGGGACAACGAAGCAUUAAUUUCAGAGAAGCAACCAGAAUUGUCGAUAGCUGGAGCUUCGUGGUACAAUGGUUUUCUGCCUGGGACUGAGCUAUUGGGUGGUAAUUCCAAGUUCAACGAGUUUCAACAUGGGGAAGUACUGAGGGAAGAUGAGCCUGAAAAAGGAAUGAGUGGACAGGGUUACAAGGCACUAGACCAUGAUAGAGAAGCACUCAUGCAAAACCUUCCUGAAAAGGAGACAGCACAGAUCUGCAAGAAGCCAGACCAUGGGAGAGCAGCGGGUGGAAAUAUUCCUGAAGGCAAAACAGGUGCGCAAAGUUGCAAGGUGCCAAAGCUCAAACGAAAAGGCAAAGGCAAUGGCAAGGAACUGCCUUGUUCAUCUGAGGUGCAGGAGGACAUCAAACGUGCAGUGGAUCUACAGACUAUGCUUAUGAAGGAUCGCGAGAAGGUGUCAGAGGUACAGCUCCGUCUCUCGAAGGAGAAGCUCGAGUUAGCCAAACUAAAACAGCAGGAAGCAAAGGAUAGGAAGGAAACAACACUGUACAAGAAGUAUUCAGAGCUGUUGAUGGCUGACACCUCCAAAUUCAACGACUUUCAGAAGGCAGAGUAUGAGAAGGCGGUGAGGCGCAUGGGUGAGACGUUAUUUGGUAGAGAUGACAGCUAGUAGUCGUUUAGUAGGCUAUGUUAUAUACUUCUUCUGAAGCAGCAGUAAUGGAACGUAGGUUGAUGUUGUUAUACCUGGUGAUUUAGCUUACUCUCAAUCCAAGUAAUAUACAACCUGUACUGUGUAGAUUCUAUCGGCCGUGUUAGAUGUAGCUCCCAAUUAUAUUUCUAAUGACCAACUUCCCAGUUCCUGAAUCUGGAAGAACAUAAUUUGAUGGCCGAUGGGUUGAAGAUGAACAUGGGAAGGAUCAAAUUGCAAGUCCCUAGCAUAUGACCGGCAGAUUUUAUCUUCA